GUGUGUGUGUGUGUGUUGUCAACAACAAGGAAACAUGUGGAUCAGUGUGUUGCUUUGUUUUGCUCUGAGCUGUUUUUAAAGAAGAGACUCGAACACAGACGGAUUCUUGUUUGUAGCCCUGUUGUGUCCUGAGGACGAAGCUCACAGACCAGGAUGAAGAGAAGCCGACUCCCCAGCAGCAGCGACGACUCCGACAAUGAAAGUAGCUCCACCUGCUGGUCCCAGCACUCGUCCCAGCCGAGGAGGGGCACGGGACAGAAACCCUCCGAGGUUUUCAGGACGGACCUGAUCACGGCCAUGAAGGUCCACGACUCGUCCCAGCUGAGCACGGAGGAGUACUACGUCCUGGCCGACCAGUGGAGGCAGGACUGGGAGAAGGGCGUCCAGGUCCCAGUCAGUCCCCAGUCCAUCCCGCAGCCCGUCGCCAGGGCGCUGGCAGAGAAAGGGAAGGAGGUGAUGUUCGUGAAGCCGAAGAAGCUGAUCCGGACGUCGGGCGCCGAGGCGUUGGGCUACGUGGACAUCCGCACGCUGGCGGAAGGGAUGUGCCGCUACGACCUGAACGAGGAAGACGUGGCCUGGCUGCAGAACAUCAACCAGGAGUUUGCAGAGAUGGCGAUGCCUCUCCUGGACGAGAUCACGAUGGAGCGAGUGAUCGAGGAGCUGGAGCACCGCUGCCACGAGAACAUGACGCACGCCACGGAGACGGGGGAGGGGCUGGGGAUCGAGUACGACGAGGACGUGGUGUGCGACGUGUGCCGCUCGCCGGACGGAGAGGACAACAACGAGAUGGUGUUCUGCGACAAGUGCAACAUCUGCGUCCACCAGGCGUGUUACGGCAUCCAGAAAGUGCCGAAGGGAAGCUGGCUGUGCCGGAUCUGCGCCCUCGGCAUCCUGCCCAAAUGUCAGCUGUGCCCCAAGAAGGGCGGAGCCAUGAAACCGACCCGGAGUGGAACCAAGUGGGUCCACGUCAGCUGUGCCUUGUGGAUUCCAGAGGUGAGCAUCGGGAAUCCAGAGAAGAUGGAGCCCAUCACCAACGUGUCCCACAUCCCCAGCAACAGAUGGGCUCUGAUCUGCUGCCUGUGCAAAGAGAAGAGGGGAGCGUGUAUACAGUGCUCAGCAAACAACUGCCGGACGGCGUUCCACGUGACGUGCGGCCUCCACGCCGGCCUGGAGAUGAACACCAUCCUCACCGAGGACGACGAGGUCAAGUUCAAGUCGUUCUGCCCCAAACACUCCGGGCUGGAGGGCGUCGAGUCCAGAGAGGGAGACUCGGGGGAGGAGGAGGAGAAGGAGGGUGCCAGAGACAAGAAGGGCCGGAGGAGAGGCCGGGUGAGAGGGGGGGAAGACGCCGCCGCCUCCUCCUCCUCCUCCCUGGCGUCCUACGCUCCUCCUCCGCUGGUGGAGCGAGCGUCCGGCGAGGCCGAGGCGCUCAGCAGCCGGCAGCUGGAGAACAGAGUCAACCUCCGCAAGCUGAAGCUGCAGGAGAUGGAGGAGGAGUUCUACCAGUUUGUGGGGGUGGAGGAGGUGGCCGGCCACCUGAAGCUGCAGCCGGAGGUGGUGGACUUCCUCUACCAGUACUGGAAGCUGAAGCGCAAAGCCAACUUCAACCUCCCGCUCCUCACGCCCAAGAAGGACGAGGAGGAGAGCCUGGCGCGCCGCGAGCAGGAGGUGCUGCUGCGGCGCCUGCAGCUGUUCACGCACCUGCGCCAGGACCUGGAGCGGGUUCGUAACUUGACCUACAUGGUGACUCGGAGGGAGAAGAUGAAGCGCUCGCUGUGGAGAGUCCAGGAGCAGAUCUUCCAGCAGCAGGUGAAGCUGCUGGACCACGAGCUGCUCACAGGAGACCCGUCGGCGAAGGAGCUGGAGGAGAUCUUCUCUCUCGGCUCCAAGUCUCGCUCCUCCUGGAGCUCGGGACUCAAAACCAAACCAGGCUCUGUGAAGCAGGAGAGAAGGAGAAGCAGCGACAGGAGGAGCUUCUCUGACUCGCCUCACGUUCACAAGAAGGAGAAUCUGAGCAAACAGCCGGAGACCAAGGACGGGAAAAGCUCCAGAAUCAAAGAGGCGCCAGAGGCUUCGGGCGACGCCCACAUCCAGAACUCUGAGAGCAGUCCGGAGUUUCUCUUCCCAAAGCUUCAGGAGGCCGUCGCCGUCAAGCUGCACCGACCUGAGAGCAGGAAGGGGCCGAGGAGAGAAGCUCCGGGGCCCGAGGCCGAGGCGCCAACCCGAGGGAAACGAGACCACGACCACGAGCAGCAGGAGGAGAAGAGGAGGAGGAGGAGGAGCGAGGCGGCAGAGAACCUCUCCACUCAGGUCAAGAGCAAGUUCGGCUCCAAACAUCUGGAGAAAACCGUUUCCAUCCGGCUGGUGGACAUCAGGAGCUCCGACACCGACGACUACUUCCUGGACGAAGGGUUGAGCAGGAGAAGCCCCGCCUCCUUGGACGUGACGACCAACCCUAAGUUCAACAGAGCCGGCGUCGGCCCGGACGCCAAAACCAACGGGUGGCUGAGGAGAACCAAGGGGGGGGGCUCCCACUCGUCCCACGGAGUCGUCGGCCACAUCCGGGGCUGGGGCAAGUUCAGGAUCCCUAAGAGGAGCGAGAGGCCUCCGACGAUGAAGGAGGAGGAGGAGGAAGAGGAGGAGGAGGAGCAAGGCAAGCCGCUGCUGAGGCCGCUGACCAACACGCCGGAGCCGGCGCCGUACGCCAGAACGCGGCUCCGCACGGGGGCGGAGCAAGACGGCUACGCCUCCGACUCCAAACCCAGCGAUGGAGAGGAGGAGCCCUGUUUGAAACGCUGCCACUCCCACCAGCUGAGAGGAGACUCCGCCCUCAGCCGCCGCUACGGCUCUGACAUCAUCCGGCGCGGCGUGCUGGCGUCCUGAUGGAGGCGGAGACACUCUGGCGUCCUGAUGGAGGAGGAGCCACUCUGGCGUCCUGAUGGAGGAGGAGCCACUCUGGCGUCCUGAUGGAGGAGGAGCCACUCUGAGAAUAAGCUGCACUGUGUUAGUGGAGAGAGAACCACGGUCGCCCUUUGUACCUUUUAUUUUUCUCGAUGAAUCCUAAAAAUGCCUAGAUUAAAAACAGAGCUGAUAUUUAUUUUUUAUUUGUAACAUAUGUAAAACUGGGAAAAUAUUUUACUUUCUACUUUAUUUUGAGCUAGUUCUUUGACGAUUCUUUUCCCCCUCGAAGUAGAAAGAUGUCAAGUUGCCACUGAAACGCUCGCUCAGACUUUUACAAGCAGAACCAUCGACUGGGAAGAAGUUGUGUUUGUCGCUUGGGACCAUAAGCUUGCAAUGUUUUUUGUUUUUUGGCAAAGUAUUAAACUCGGCCACGAGUCCGUUGCACUUGAUCGAUUGAAGCUGAAACAGAUUGAAGCUGAAACAGAUUGAAGCUGAAACAGAUCAUCCUCAUCCCGACACCGGACAGUGUAGGUUCCUUUUUAUUGAGCUUCACCAACAAGGAGUCAAACUUCUCUUUUAUCCGUAUAUUUAAACUCCAGCCGCCAUCGUUUGAACCCAGACGCCACAGAGGAGGAAGGAGGAAGGAAUCCAGGCGGACGUUUGACUCGUCUUCAGCACUUAAGUGUAAUUGAACUGCGAUCGUAUCGUACCCAUCACGUGCCUAACUUUUAUUUUGAAGCGUUUGCACUACGAGAGGACGGCACAGGCGUGAGGACGGUAGAGUUAUUUUUACACUGAAAAAUUGAAUAAGCGUUUUGUACCCUCGGCCACUGCUGUACUACUACUGUUAUGCAAAAUGAAACUUGUCUUGUCUUUUGUCCUAAAGAGGAAUAAACACUCUGCAAGACUUCA